UAUAGACUUGUCAAAUAAGCUAAAUAUAUUAAGCCUUUGUUAUCAAGCCCCGAAGAAAUCAUGCGAUUGUAUCGUCGAAGCUAAUCAUUCAUUCUAUCCGAAAGCCGUCGCCGUCCGUAAACAUAAUUGAAAAAUACCAGAGAGCAAAAUAACGCACGAGUGCUUCAGCGACAAUCCAUUUCGGCACGGUGAAAAUAACGGUGAUUUUCUACGCGAUUUUGUAAUUCGACGAGAGAACCGUUGCAAAAGUGUAGUGAAACAAAUGUUUCAUAGACAUCUGGACAUCAUACUGGUGUAGCAUCAUCGACUAUUCAUCGAUAGUUGCGGCACGAUCAAAGGUGAUUCAAAGAUCGUCGACGAUAUGUCCUCGGAAAUCCACGGACUUCCGUGAAAAAAUUAAUUUCGGGACUUGAAGUGAAUAUCGACGAAAAGAUGGCGGACCGACAGAGAAGAAGUCGAUACUUGACCAUCAGUAUACUGCAUAUUAUCACAAUAAUGUGCCAAGCCAUGUCCGACCCGCCAAUAUUUGCCGAGCCGAUACCAAAUGUCACAGUGGCGCUGGGAAGGGACGUUAGUCUGCCCUGUGUCAUCGAAAAUCUCGGAACUUACAAGGUGGCGUGGAUUCACGUUGGUCGUCAAAUGCUGCUCACUAUUCACAAGCACGUGGUCGUGAAAGUACCCAGGUUUUCCGUGACACAUGACAAUCAGAAAACAUGGUUGCUUCAUAUUAAUAGCGUGCAACAGGACGAUCGGGGUUACUAUAUGUGCCAAGUAAAUACUAAUCCUAUGAUAAGCCAAGUGGGCUAUCUUCAAGUCGUUGUGCCACCAAACAUAUUGGAUUCCCUUUCUACGGAAAGCACCGUGGCAGUUCGAGAACAUCAGAAUAUUACUCUCACAUGUAAAGCCGAUGGAUAUCCACCGCCAAAAUUAAUGUGGAAACGAGAGGAUGGCCAAGUAAUAAGCAUUAACAAGCACCAUAAAGUGACCCUGUAUGACGGCGAGCAAUUAAACUUGACGAGGAUCACACGCAGCGAAAUGGGCGCUUAUCUCUGCAUCGCGACCAAUGGCGUGCCGCCCACGGUCAGCAAGAGGAUCAUCGUGGAUGUCGAAUUUUCUCCAAUGAUCUUCGUGCCGAAUCAGCUUGUCGGUGCGCCAACUGGCACGAACGUAACGAUCGACUGUCAUACGGAAGCUUAUCCCCGUGCCAUGAGCUACUGGUUUCUGGGAGAUGAGAUGAUUCUCUCCAACGAGAAGUACACCACGAAUACUAUGGAGAACAGCUACCGCGCGCACAUGAGGCUCACCAUCAGAAACUUGACAGCGAGUGACUUCGGUAGCUACCGGUGCAUUAGCAAAAACUCACUGGGCGAGACGGAGGGAUCCAUCAGAUUAUACCCUAUUCCGAAGCCAUCGGCGGCACCGAAGGCGACGGAGAUCAAGAGCAGCGCCAACAAUGAAGGACGACCGAGCACGCCACCGCCAGCAAAAAGGCUGACCACCGUGUGGCCCUCGUCGUACAACCCCUACUAUCCGAAAAGGACAGAGAGGCCACCUCAACCGAGUGAGGAGAGGGUCGAGAGGCCCGAGCAGAAGCUACGUGGUGGCGAAAGUACAGGAAGCGCAUACAUCAUCAGAUGGAGUGCGCCGCAGUUGAUGGUCGUGGCGGUGCAAUACAUUCUUACGGGGCCCUAUAUGCCCCCUUACGUACCCCAGACAGCGAAUUAAGACGUCCGUCGCAGGAAAAGAACCCACUGUCGUGCCGUUGACCUGGAGGAAGGGGGUCGCCGACGAACACGAGAGGAAGAGCCGAGAUGAUGCUCUGGUUUCUAAAAUAUAUAUAUAUAUAUAUAUAUAUUGUCGCGUAUCUUUCCGCGCGGAAUGCGCUUUUUGCGGAGCCGCGUCGUGCACACGGAUUCUGAAGUGUGCUGAUGGACAGGAAAUGCGCUCGCGAAUGAGUAACUGGUAACUGGUUUAUGACCGACAUACACCAAUCUAUUCUGAUCUGAAAUGGAUUCCGAUUUUGCUUUAUGUACCCGCUCGCCGAUCGAAAUGGUCGAUCAUUGUGAAAUCCGAUUGAGAGAUUUUCACAACGACAGCGAAGCAUUACGUAAUUUUAUUCUUAUUAAACGAUUCUCCCGCAGAUGAUACCGCUGAAAUACCUGGCUGUGCUCGAUAAAGUCUGUUCUCUGUUAUGGACGUCGUAUAAUUCUCGUAUGAAAUCGUUUUCACGCGCGGGAUCGAUAAGCCACCAUGCUCGGUUUGAUCUCACCUAAACCGAAGUUUAAAAUUUAAACGAACAGCUAGAAAAACAAGCGGACAGUCCUACGAUAUAUAUUAAUCGAUAAGCCUUGAUAUUAAAUAAACUCUAAAUAUUAAUACAUCACAUAAUGUGUCGCGGAUAUAUUUGAAAGUACGUCAGAUAAUUUUAACCGAAGAUAAAAUAAUAUUUGAAUAAAUUUCUCUUAUUGAGUUAUAUAACAUCAAAUUUUUCUAGACUAGCUUUUGUGAUUUCACGAAAUACAUUCUUUUAAUAACUUGUUUUAAUAACGCGAUACAUGUACAAUAAUGUACGUGCACCAUACGUGAAAAUUGCAUGAGAUACCCUAACCAUUUAACUUUAAUAUACGUUUUCACCAGAUCGUUUAUGACACGCGCGCGCGCGAUAUUGUAUCAAAUAAAACCAAUGAAUUUUUUUUCAAUUGGUAUUCAAGGGUCGUUGUUCCGUAAUGUGAAAAUAAAACAAGUAAUGAUCACAAAGACACAAAGGAAUUGUGCAUUUUCUCGAAUGUAAAUUUACGUGUAAAUGUACAUACACCUUGAGACCAACAUGUUAUGACGAAGCGUCUAAGAGAUCUCUCUAGAGAAUUCUCCAGGAGGAAUUUGAUUAAUGCCUCGGCACGUGAAAAAUAGCGGGGGCGCGGUUACGACUCCUUGAAAUAGCGUGUCAAUGACGUAAGGGUCAUCGAGGAAUUUUUCAUGGAUCGAAGAAAAUGUAUAAUUUAGCGUACCUUCGACAAAAAUUCACUAAAAACUCUAAUAAAAUUAUAGCGGAAUUACGACAUAAAAUGUUUUAUUAGAAUUGAAGUAUACAUCCGAAUCAUAAUGUAUACGUGCAAAUAAAUACGUAAAUGUCACG